AAGAAGAGGCACUUCCGCUGUUCUUCUCUGUCAGACUCCACUUUGUACAGCGAGACAGGCAGAAUGGCAGGCCGCCGUGUAGCCCUGAAGGCCAUUGACUGGCUGGCCUUUGCUGAGCGGGUUCCACCCAACCAGAAGAGCAUGUUCAACGGACUGAAGACCCGCAGUGAUGCCAUCGCUGCCAAACUGGCCUCCCUGCCAGAGACUCCUGUAGCCAUUGACUGGAGCUACUACAGGGGCGCAGUGGCCAGAGCCGGGAUGGUUGAUGAGUUUGAGAAGAAGUUCAAAGCCCUGCAGAUCCCUGAGCCUGUUGACACACAGACGAGCGCCAUCAAUGCACAGGAAGCUGAAGCUAAUAAGAGUGCAUCGGCCUACAUUGAAGCAUCGAAGGUCCGUGUCGCUGAAUAUGAGCAAAGGCUGGAGACGUUGAAGAACAUGAUCCCCUUCGACCAGAUGACCAUCGAAGAUCUCAACGCCGCUUUCCCAGAGACCAAGUUGGACAAGGUCAAAAACCCCUGGUGGCCCUACAAGCCCAUCGCAGAUUUGUAGACCUAUUACUCAACGUUCACCUCACAAUAAAGUUUAUGUAUUUCAAAGAGAA